UGCAGGCUGCAAUCGGCGCUAAGAUAAGGAUGAAAGACGAUCAAAGUUUUACCCCGCGAGAAAUUUUUGGAGAUCGCCUUCGCUUCGCCUGCGGCGGCUUCUCGAGAAGACACCCAGGCUCACUCCUAGGGAUUUAUACGACGGAGAGAAACACAAGUCGUCAACGUCAAUCAAAUCCUCAUCAUGGCGCCAGAGGCUACCGGUAUCUCGUCUCAAGGUGUUGACCCAACAACGCUCGUCCUGCGGAAAGACUUGACUUCCGAAAAUGUCCCUCUCGCACGUCGAUUUCGAGCACUCUUCUCCCUCAAACAUCUCGCUUCACAGUCUCCCGGACCACAAGCGACAGCCGCCAUCGAGGCCAUUGCAGCAGGAUUCAAGUCUCCAUCGGCACUCUUGAAACAUGAGUUGGCAUAUUGUCUGGGACAAACGAACAAUCUCGAGGCGGUCCCAUUCCUACGAGCCGUGCUGGAGAACAGGUCCGAAGACGCAAUGUGUAGACACGAAGCGGCCGAAGCACUAGGAGCCUUGAACGAUCUAUCGAGUCUAGAGAUCAUGAAACGUAUGAAGGACGAUGAAGAGGAGCCUGUCGUCGUGCGGGAAACGUGUGAUAUCGCCGUUGAUCGCAUUCAAUGGGCACACUCUGAAGACAGAAAAGCAGAAACACUAAAGCCCAGUGACUUUGCAUCUGUCGAUCCAGCUCCACCUAUGCCUUCGACAUUACAGACAUCAUCAAUUGCUACUCUCCAAAAGACGCUUCUCGACACCUCUCUGCCACUGUUCCAACGCUAUCGAGCUAUGUUCGCUCUGCGAGAUCUUGCAUCACCACCCGAUCUCCCGACAGCCGAAGAAGCAGUCCAUGCCCUUGCCUCUGGCUUGUCCGACCCAUCCGCUCUGUUUCGACAUGAAGUCGCGUUCGUCUUUGGCCAGCUGUCACACCCGGCCUCAAUACCGGCUCUGGUGUCCGUCUUGGAGAAUGGCAAGGAGGAAAGCAUGGUCCGUCAUGAGGCGGCGGAAGCCCUGGGUAGUCUUGGAGAAGAGCCAGGCGUUGAGGAUACGUUGAAGAAGUUCCUCAACGACCCCGAGCAGGUUGUUCGUGAGAGCGUCAUCGUCGCACUUGACAUGGCGGAGUAUGAGAAGAAUGGUGACAUGGAAUACGCCAGUAUCCCGGCACCGGUUGCUGCUUGAAAUGGGAGUCUUCUAUAUAGCGUGCAUUCCAAGC